GCAAUAUUUGCUCCCAUUGCCCCCCGCCAGGCGUUCCAGGCCCACCUCCCCCCAGGCCCACUAAGGUUUUGCCCACGGAUAAUAUGUGCAGGGACACUCAAAUGAAGCAGGUCCAAAGUGAUGGGAAACCGCGUCUCAAGGCGCCACCGGGGUCCCCCAUCGCUCUGCGAUAUCAAGAAAAUGGCCAUGUCACACUACCGUCGAAUACACCAGGAAAGCCGGACAACCGCGGUACAGUAUAUGUAUAUGGCACGAGGGAUCCCAAGCCUGAUGAUAAGUUCGCGUCAAUUCACAAAGUUUGGAAUAAGGAGGGCACUGGCGGCGAUCGCAGGGGGAUGCUCCUCUCAGUGCAAGAUUACGAUGAUGGCAGAUGCUAUCAAAUAAACGAUCAGAGUAUUUCAAAGGAACGCCAAAAGGAGUUUCCCCAUAAAGCUACUACGUCACAGGGACAGAAUUUAUGGUGCCAGCAUGACUUAGCCCUUCCGACGAAUGUGCCUGAAGGGAAGCCCUAUACACUGUACUGGGUAUGGGACUGGCCGACCAUCCCUGACGAAAAGAAGGGUAUCGUGGCGUUGGAGGAGAUAUAUACAACUUGCAUGGACAUCGAUAUCACGCCUUCGAGCAAACUUAAGGUGGCUGCCCAGGGAGAGCCGCCAACAUUGAAAUUUGUUGAAGGCCAGGAUUUGGGCUCUGCUGCAAUACCCACCCAAUUCGAGAAUUUGAAGGCUCCGACGAUUCCUGAUGGCUCGGGCUCCGAUUCUCCCCCGCCGUCGUCCCCAGUUUCUACAGAAGCAUCGCAGCAAGCUGUGCCGACUGGUGAAAAACAGGAACCAUCCCCAUCUCCAACUCCAACUCCAACACCGCCACCAGCGUCAGAACCAGAGACAAGGCCAGACCCCGCGGGUAAUAGUUGUGGCAUCCCUCCCGUGCCUGUUACAGCACCCCAAGUACCAGACACUCCCCUUACAAGUACCCCACCCGCCAUUAUCCCUCUCUUUCCCUAUACGCCCGUAUCGGGAAUUUCCCGACUCCCAAGCUCUAUCCCGUCCUCUGAGUCGUCAUCCACCGAUAGCAAUGGCGGGAACAUAGUUACUCUCUUUCCAGGAACUUUAGUUUUACCUACCAAGAGUGGUUCGGCCACACCAAGCCCUACGCCUACAAGCCUCCCUGAGCAAGCUCCUGAAAACCCAGGUAGCGGAGCAAAACCUGUCACUCCCAGUAUCCUUCCCUCUUCUGAACGAGAUACUACCCCUAGCCCUUCAAGGGCUCCCCUACUUCUUACUAUCCUAGAUUCCGCUCCGGCGACUGCAGUCACUGCGAUUGACCCGCCAGGAGUGUCAAAUGAUGUUAUGACACCAAGUCCACCAUCAACCCCUGGGCCAGCACCUACACCGAGCGAGGAUGAUGAAAACGAAAUCGUUCCAGUCGCUCUAGACCCAGAAGGAAAUCUAUAUACACCCUCUCUACGCACCGCAAAGAUAACCAUCGCAGUUCCCACCACCCUCACAACCAUAUAUUGUACUGAAGCCUCCGCACAACCCCCCAAGCCAACGGGACGCAAUCCGGACCCCAGUCCCCCAGCCAUCAUCCCAAUACCACCCAGCCGACCCAGCAAUAACAAUAACGACAAAACCGUCACUAAUUCACAGUCUAACGCUCAACCAACUAUAGUAGAAUCCCCGACAUCGUCGCAACCCGAGCUUCUUAUAUCGACGAUUACAGUAACGGCCACGAAGACCGUUUAUCCCACGGCGCCACUCGACGAUACGCCUACGCCUACGCCUUCUCCUAGUCCUAGUCCUAGUCCUAGUCCCACAGCGGAGCCGCAGGUGCAAGAAAAAGCGCAAACAUCCGGCUUCAUAGUAUCGAUUAGACCAUCUCCGCCGCCGUCGUCGUCGGAAACGCCACCGGCAUCGGAACUUCCGCAACCACAAGAGACACCGCUGCCAGACUGCGAAUCCGACGGCGACGACUCUGUUCCUACCCCCACUCCAUCAUCACCAUCACCGGCGGACUCGCCUACUCCUCUCCCAUCUCCGCCAGCUAGCGCUAGCAGAAGAGCAUUUCGGACACUAAGUUCCCGGUUUAGAAGGAACCUGGCUGAGGUUCGUGUGCGCGGGCAGGUUUGA